AUGGAUGGUGGCAGUGGCGGCAGAGCCGCUGGUAUGCUGGAUCGUACCUCUGAUUCCCCAUCCAGCGGCAGGCUUCGUCGUCGUGUGUCUCUCUCGGCGCCCAUGCCAUCAUCAUUCGACGCAAGGAGCUCCAACGACCUAGCUGUUGUUGCUUCUUCACGCGCGCGCCUUAUCUUUGAUCCGUCCUCCUCCGCCAACCACAAGCAGACGACCGGCUUCAGCUCCAACACAGUUAUUAGCAGCUCCUCAUCAGGUACCAUAGUCUCGACCACCAACACAUCUAGAUCUAGCGGCUCUAGCCUGCACUUGUACUUGUUCGACGACGAAGACGACGGUACAUAUACCCUCAACAAGGCCCGCAAAGAAACGGAGAAGAAGCGGAUGAACAACAUCAAGAGCCUGGUCCAGGAAUUCUUUGGUGCGUCGUCGUCGUCGUCGUCCGCGAAUUGCACAAUCGACAGCGGCGACAUGAGCGUCCUGGAGAGGUGGUUCACAGAGCUGGGCGUCGGCUGGGUGCUCCACAUCUCUGAUGUUGAUGCGUCUAUAGCCGUGAUACAGCCCGACCAUACUUUGGAUCCACGAAGCUGGAUCCGGGCUCUCAACGAAAUCAUGGAAACCAUUCGUCUCACCCCAUCUUUCUUUUCUGACCGUGGAUUCGAGGGCAUGCCCAGUAUUUGGGAGGAGGAUGAGGAGGAGGAGGAGGAGGAAGAAGAAGAAGAAGAAGAAGAAGGGUUUUUCGAAAAUCGAAGGGGGGAAAACCAAAUACAGAAAGAAGAAAAGGCAGAGGAGGCUGAGAGCUGUAUUCCGGAUCAGUUUCAGUUUGCACGGUUUAUCCAAGAAACCAUGCUGAAAAUGCUUGCUUUUGUUGACUUCCUAGUUGCUCUGGAUCCUAAUACCAUUUGUGAAUUUUCUGUUGCCAAUGGCAGUGGGGUGCCAGCACCAGCACUAUACCAGAAGAUCAGUAUCUUGCUGCGUGUGCUCGACGCUCUGUCCAAUGCCUUUUUCGAGGUCGAGGUGCUACUCCUUUCGAUGCCCUCGGAGUCGGAAGAGGUUAAAAGGAUUCGGGGCGAGAUAAUCAACCUCUUGUAUGCCAAGGACAACAAGGCGACUGAGGCCGUAUGGGGCACAAUGCAGGAGAUCUGGGCUCUGAUCAUGGAGUCCAUGGAGGAGGACGGCCAAGACUCCGUGAUGACUACGCAGGGAUCAUCGGACAUUCACAAGGUCACUCUGUCUGUAAUCCACCACAUCAGGUACCUAUGGGCUAACUACUGGUCAGUGACCUCAAUUGUGUUCAGCCUUGGUAAUAAGAAGCAUGUCACUGAGACUGGAGACACUACUAGUAAUCCUUUAGCCAGCCUGACAAUUGAGAUGGUCUCCUGUCUUGAAGAAAAACUUGCCAAAAUGUCGCAAUCCUUCACAGACCAGGGCCUCAGAUACAUGUUCUUGAUCAACAACUCAACCUACAUAUUGCAGCAACUUCAAACUACAUACGGCAACAACUUCUUACACUCAUAUUUCGCAGCCCUUGAUCGAAGAAUCGAGGGCUACAUACAAACCUAUCUAAAACUGUGUUGGGUGCCAGUGUUGUCAUGUUUGCUCAAUCCUACACCUCAUUGCUUCGGGAAAAGCUACUCUCCAUUGCCUAAGUUUGAGUAUGAAUUUGAGAAAAUCUGUACGACCCAAAAGUUGUGGAAGGUCCCGGAUCCUGAGCUGAGAAAAAGAAUGCGCGAUGCUAUCACUAUGGAAAUCAUUCUAGGCUAUACAAGGUACAUUGAGGACAACAAAGUUUCCACCACAAAACUCACUCCCCAGAACCUGGAAGAGAUGUUGCAAGAGCUUUUUGAAGGAUGA